AUGGCUCGGCUGUGCAUGUGUGUGAGUCUGUGCGUGAGUGUUUGGGUGCGCGGCUCCCUCGGGCUGCCUCCCCAGCACCGUGGGUGGCUGCGGCUGUGGGAGGAGGGUGAGGGCUGCAGGGACUGCGAUGAGCACAUCUGCCCCUCGGUGCCGGACAACUGCCCCGCAGGCCGGGUGCAGGACAGCUGCGGAUGCUGCGACCAGUGUGCGAACGUGGAGGGGCAGCAGUGUGACCCAGAUGGGGCUCAGAAGUUCUACGGACAAUGUGGGGAGGGUCUGGCGUGCCGGAGGAAAGCGCCAAAGAAGGGACGCAGUGCUGACCCAGAGCCCACAUGUGUGUGCCAGGAGAAGGGUCCAGUGUGUGGCUCUGAUGGGAGGACCUACACAAAUGUUUGCCAGCUGAGAGAGGCUGCCAGCCGCGCUCCUCGAGUCCUCAGAAGUCCAAAAAAUCUGUCCAACUACACAGGAAAUGACAUCAUCUUUGGCUGCGAGGUGUCGGCGUAUCCUCUUCCAGUCCUGAACUGGAGGAAGACAGGCAGCGACCACUACCUGCCGGGAGAUGAUCCACACAUCUCUGUCCAGCUUCGAGGCGGGCCCCAGCCCUACACCGUCUCCACCUGGCUCCAGAUAGAAGGUCUCCUCGUCUCUGACACGGGGGUCUACUCCUGCAUCUCCCACAACACUCUGGGAAAAACGUCUGCUUCAGCACAGCUCACGGUAUCAAGACGAGGGGUGAAGGUGACGAGAGGCCAUUUGGAGGAGAAAGAGGAACACUUUGAUCGUUUAGAGGAAGGCAGUGGAGAUGCACAGCUGGCGUCUGGAGAUUACCUGCCGUUCAGUUAA